AUGUGUAAGACGGAYGACAAGAAAUGGAGGUGCUCAAGAGAUGUGGCGCCUAAUCAUAAAUACCAUGACCGCCAUAUGCACAGAGGUCGUCCCUGUUCAAGAAAACAUGUGGAACUUCCCAAGAAUCCUUCUCCUUCCUYUUCUUUGCUUCCAAACAAGACUCCAUCACUUCACCCAACCCUUGCAAAGUUGUCAGAUCUACGAUUUUACCUUCUGCCACCCAACCUUCAUUGUUUCUUGAUGAUAUGCAAUCYAAUAAACGRUCGGGGUUUGGAUUGGAGCACGAAACAACAAUGGCGACAGAUAAUGCAGACAAGUCRUUCUAUUUUCAAUGAUGAUUUAGGGGAAAAGCAGCCAUCUUUUAUGGAUUUCAAAACUUCCCACAAUUAUCUCCUCUUUGAAACCCCAAGAAGAGAUUUUAUCGACGCUUGGUCGACUGAAAAAUCCACUGGGACUAAAGAUUCAUCURAGGAUCUUUCGCCAUCUACUAUGGAUCUGUAUAUGGCUAUGGAUUUGGGGAAUAAUGGAUUCAUUGAAUUGGGCGUCAGCAAAUUUUCAGGCUUGGUUAGCCCUGUUUCUURUGGCGGCGAUCCACUGGCCGAGGUGUUGCGAGCAAGUUUGGUGGGUGUUUAUUCAAACCCAACUUCUCCAGCAGUGUCGUCCACAUCUGGAGUUUUUAUAGAGAACUGUUGA